GGAGAGUCUUUUAUCCAGAAUUAGAAUUUGUAGCCUCCUCGCGGCGCUCGAGAUUGUCAGAGGUGUCUCACAGUCUUCAUAUCCCUGAACCUGUACAGUCCUAUUUUUCAGUGGUUGCCAUUUUGAAAACACCCCUCUUUUGAGCUGGAUUUGGUCGCACACACCUUUAAUCCCAGCAGGAGUGAGGCAGAUUUCUGAGUUUAAGCCCUGCCUGGUGUGCAGAACAAGUUCCAGGAUAGCCAGGGCUCCACAGAGAAACUAACUCAUCAUGAAAAACAAAGAAGAUACAGAUUUUAGAGUAGACUUGGAUGACAUAGAUCUGUAACCCCACACUGGCAGGCGGAAGCAGAAGUGUGAAUUCCACGUUCCAGGCCUUGUCAUAAACCUAUACUAUGUAUUACAGAAAGGAAGAGAAAGCUCCUUUCUACUGGGAUGAUGCGCAUAGAUUAAUUGAGAAGAAUGUGAAGCUCUUGGAACAGUUUGUCUGUGCACACACGGGUAUCAUCUUUCACGCCCCAUACACAGGGGUCUGUAUGAAGCAGCACAAGAAGCUGACCCAGGCCAUCCAGAAAGCCAGGGAGUGUGGUCUUCUCAGUUACUACGUCCCCCAGGUUGAGCCCCGGGAUGCUGACUUUGGUACUGUGCAUGGAGCUGUCAGUGUGACUCCACCAGCCCCCACACUGUUGUCAGGUGAACCUUGGUACCCAUGGUACAGCUGGCAACAGCCACCAGAGAGAGAGCUGUCUCGCCUUCGCCGACUCUAUCAAGGAAAUCUCCUAGAAGAAAGUGGCCCGCCACCUGAGUCGAUGCCAGAGAUGCCCACUACACCACCAGCAGAAUCCUCCAUUGAGCAGCCAGGCUCCCAGAGUGCUUAGAACUUGUGACCUGGGGAAGUCAGACCAAGGGAGUACUGUCUAGGGCUACGUGGUAUCCUGUGUCCUGCAAAGGGUUCUGUUUUGUGACAGUGGCAGACCCUAUAGGGAACUGGCUGGCAUGAAGAGAACAAAGCACAUUUGACGUUGAGGGGGACUAGAUGUUUAUGGGUAACUGGUGAGGACUUACAUAUAAACUGGAGACUCUUGUGUAUGCCCUUGAUGGUGUGUCCCUGAUUUAAACCUCCUGGCUCAGCUUUUAUACAAUAAAGCUGUGUCUCUUCACCCGU